UUGUAUCUUCAGCCUCGGGUACUAUGUCCUGUUUUUGCCAGAUGUUGUUUUUAGCAUUGGUAAAACAAAGUGAAUCAUUCUUUUAUUUUAAAUGACAUCAUCCAAUAUGGUUUAAUAUAAUCCAAGUUUGACUCAAUGACUGAGGCUCCUGACCAGUGAUCGGGCAAUGUGAGAUAUUAUCUCUCAUCGAUAUCGAUCGGUUAUCGUAUUGCACGAGGAAGGACGACGAUAUGUCACCUAAUCAAUAUUUUGCCACACGGGGGAGACAGCCACACCGCAGGCCUGCGACCAUACCGAUUUCCACUGGUUUCUGCGUGUUCACUUCGACUGUGCAGCACUGACCUGGAAGACAAACGUGUUGUGUCCAUUAAUCAUGUGGAAGUUUAAUCUUUGAGCUCACAGCCCAGAGUUUCCUGCAGCUCCUCACUGAAUCGCUGCUGCUCUAUCAACAACUAAUCAAACAUGACUAAGUGUUUGUCUCCUCGCAAUAAGGGAAAUGCCGUUUUUCUUAACAUUUGGGAAAUGAUCUGUCAGAGGAGGAGUCACAUGACCCCAUAUCGCGCACAUUUCCUUCAGGCUCCAAGUUGAUCUACAGCUGAUUUCUGAGCUCACACACAGAGCCGAAGAUGGAGAUCUCUUUUGAGGGCAAACGAGCUCUGGUCACCGGAGCAGGAAAAGGGAUUGGCAGGGCCACGGCUCUGGCUCUGGCACGCUGUGGGGCAGAGGUCACGGCGGUCACACACACACAGGCUGACCUGGACAGUCUAACGCAGGAGUGUUCCUCCAUCACUCCGGUGUGUGUGGACCUGGAAGACUGGAAGGCCACAGAGACAGCGCUGCAGGACAUUGGUCCAAUCCAUCUGCUGGUGAACAGUGCUGCCCGUGUUAACCUGCAGCCAUUUCUGGAGGUCACACCUGACCAGUUUGACCAGUCAUUCAGUGUGAAUGUUAAAGCUGUGCUGCAUGUGUCUCAGAUUGUGGCUCGUGGUAUGAAGGCCAGAGGGUCGGGAGGCUCCAUUGUGAACGUGUCCAGCCAGGCAUCACGGCGUGCCCUCAGAAAUUAUGCUGUUUACUGUGCCACUAAAGGAGCUCUGGACAUGUUGACUAAAGUGAUGGCUCUGGAGCUGGGACCCCACCAGUGUUUUGUUCUGUGUUGUGAUCAGAUCCGUGUGAACAGUGUGAACCCCACAGUUGUGAUGUCUGAGAGGGGGCGUCUGACCUGGAGCGACCCCGAAAAAGCCAAGGUUAUGAUGGAUCGCAUUCCCCUGGGUCGCUUUGCAGAAGUAGAGGACGUGGUGAACAGUAUUCUGUUCCUCCUGAGCGAUAAGAGCAACAUGACUAACGGAGUCACUCUGCCAGUGGAUGGAGGCUUUCUGACAUGUUGACCAAUCGUAGCUUCACUUCACCGUGUCGCCCCCGUGCUCGCAACAACAAACAACAAUCAGUCUCGUCUGGUUUCGUCAUCAGCUCUGUUUUACUAAAAUAAAAAAUGCAUCUAUUGCACCAA